AUGUUGCGCGCUUGCCAUGAGAGAGAGAUUUCUGAUCUGGGCUCUGGCGGCCUUUUGGAGCACACAGCAGCUGCAUCUGAACUUCGGGAAAUCGAGGAUGCGGACCUUGCGGACAAGCUCGCUACGCUCUGCUAUGCAACGGAGACGCAAGGUUUGGGCCGAACCGUCAGCAAUGUGGGCGGCUUUCAAAGCUGCCAUCUACCUGCCUCACGCCAUGCCGUUCUCACCAAGCUCAUCUCACUGGUUCAAGCUCCCUUUGUGGAAUACUUGCGCAAGACUCGGCGUGGGCAGCCGCCACGACAGGUUUUGGCUCAGGACCUUUGUGUAAGCUGCCAGUGUGAACAUCUCUGGGUCAAUGUCAACCGGGCAGGACAACACAAUCGUUUGCAUGAGCAUGGCCCGCCUCUUUUGUCGCGGUCUGCAUCAGGCAUCUACUAUCCUCGCCAAGCCGAGGCCAGUGCUCCAGCCAAGGUACGUUUUUACGACGCAGGCCGCUGUGUGGAGGCGGCUCCACGUCCUGGAUUGCUGCUGCUCUUCCCCACGAACUUGCUACACGAGGUGGAUCCAGUUUGGCCUGGCAAUGGUGAUCGUCUGUCUGUGGCAUUCAACCUGUUUGUGCGAUGGCUCGACCAGCCAAUUCUAAUUGCAUCUUUUGCCGGAGAUGCAAGUGAAGUGAAGCGAUUGCUUGGCAGCGGUGCAGACGCAGAAAUUGCAGAUGCCGCGCUUGGUUUCCGGCCUCUUCAUGUCGCUGCAGAAGCCGGACAUGUGGAGGUAGUAGAUCUGCUUCUUACGGCUGGUGCUGAUCCUGAGGCUGUCACCGUCGAGGGCUGGUGUCCCCUAGGUUUGGCUGCAGCUCAAGGACACUUGCCGGUGGUGAAGUACUUGCUGGACGUACAAGGAGCGUCGCCCAUCGCGCAGUCCUUCGAGGCAGCAAUGGCCACGGUUGAAACUGUAGAUCUCCAGCAUGGCUUUUCUGGUCGUUUGGGGGCAACGGCCGUUGCUGCGGAGCGCGGCUACGUUGAAAUUGUCGAAUUGCUCACUGGCCGCUAA